CCCCAAGCACGGCAGUCAGGAGGCCUUCGGUGUCAUGCCUGCGGGCGGGGGCGCUCACGCAGCGUUUCUGGGGUGAUCUGCCGGUCCCGCGGCUUCGGCCCUGGGUCCGUCUAAGCCGAAGUCCUGUCUCUGGCUGACGGCGGCCAGCAGUGGAGGCUGCAGAGCCUAGCACAAUACCCCUGCCAUAGCCAGUUGCAAGCGUCCAGCCCAGUGGGGUCUGGGGCCAGGUUCAGAGUCGUCUCCUCCCGGGCCGAGCAGGGCCCGGGGAGAUAGGAGCGCGGACACCACAUGCCCCCGCGCUGGGCCGCAGCUCAGUCCGGACAGUGCUAGGGUCCCGUGUAGCUCGGGCAGCGCCUGUGGGCUGCCGGCUGGGGCCGAUACACGACAACCGCCUCGUACAGUAACGGGCUGGACGCAGGGUCAGCCCGGCCGGGGCGCGGCUGGAGGGAGAGGUGUUCCCUGUGUUACCCCCGUGUAGCUCCCCCCGGGGGCCGGGCACCACUCCCUGCCCCGUUCCAGGCCGGCCCUUCCUGAAGCCGGAACGUUCCUCUCGCGGCCCAGCGCGCCGGUCGGACGAAUUGCAACGCACCUAGCGGGGGUUGGUUCCGAGAGUUUGCCACGGGGAGCUCGAGCUCGGUCCUGGCAGUAUUGUAAGUAAGCAGUUUUGGACAGACAGACAGACAUGGAUGACGAGCCUGAAAGAACCAAACGCUGGGAAGGAGGUUAUGAAAGAACAUGGGAGGUUCUCAAAGAAGAUGAAUCUGGGUCACUGAAAGCAACUAUAGAGGACAUUCUUUUUAAGGCUAAGAGAAAAAGAAUCUUUGAACACCAUGGGCAAGUUAGACUUGGAAUGAUGCGUCACCUUUAUGUGGUGGUAGAUGGAUCAAGAACUAUGGAGGACCAAGAUUUAAAACCUAACAGGCUUACGUGUACCUUAAAGUUAUUGGAAUAUUUUGUUGAAGAAUACUUUGACCAAAAUCCUAUUAGUCAGAUUGGUAUAAUUGUAACUAAGAGUAAAAGAGCUGAAAAGCUGACAGAACUUUCAGGAAACCCAAGAAAGCAUACAACUGCUCUGAAGAAAGCUGUAGAUCUGACCUGCCAUGGAGAACCAUCUCUGUAUAACUCUUUAAAUUUGGCCAUGCAGACUUUAAAGCACAUGCCAGGACAUACAAGCAGAGAGGUUUUGAUUAUCUUCAGUAGCCUGACAACGUGUGAUCCAUCUAAUAUCUAUGAUCUAAUUAAGUGUUUAAAGGCAGUUAAGAUCAGAGUAUCUGUCAUCGGCCUAUCUGCUGAAGUUCGAGUUUGUACUGUACUUGCCCGAGAAACGGGUGGAACAUACCAUGUAAUUUUAGAUGAAAGCCACUAUAAGGAGCUGCUGAUGCAUCAUAUUAGCCCUCCACCUGCCAGUUCAAGUUCUGAAUGCUCCCUUAUUCGAAUGGGUUUUCCUCAGCAUACCAUUGCAUCUCUCUCUGAUCAGGAUGCUAAACCAUCAUUUAGCAUGGCGCACUUGGAAAACAACAGUGAUCCAGGUCUCACGUUGGGUGGAUAUUUCUGUCCCCAGUGUAGGGCCAAAUACUGUGAACUCCCUGUGGAAUGCAAAAUCUGUGGUCUUACAUUAGUCUCUGCACCCCAUCUAGCUCGGUCUUACCAUCACCUGUUUCCUUUGGAUGCCUUUCAAGAAGUUACACUGGAAGAAUAUAAAGGAGAACGCUAUUGUCAAGGCUGCCAAGGGGAGAUUAAAGAUCAACAUGUUUACAUUUGUAAAGUCUGCCAGAAUGUAUUUUGUGUGGAAUGUGACUUAUUUGUUCAUGAUUCUCUGCACUGCUGUCCUGGCUGCAUUCACAAGCAUCCUGCUCCUCCAUGCAUAUGAUACCAGGUGUUCAUAGAGAUUGUCCUACCGGUUUCAUUCUUGCACAAAGAGUCAAAUUAGAAGAAAUACCUAGGUGAAUGCAGUAACAAUGAAGAUUUGCUAGGGGAACAAACACAACUUUUAGUUAAUGUAUAGAAUUGGAAUAUUUAAAUUCUAAUGGUUAAUGUUUAUAAAAAUAUCUACAUCUGAUGUAUUUUCCUCACUUGUUUUGUAAAUCUUUGACUUAUUCAAGAGUCAUUCUAAAUAAAAGUGUAAAUCUGUGUGUGGAAAAGUGAUAAAAAUGGAUUUGUAUGCUAAA